ACCCCCGUUACAGUUUACUCGUGGACAGCCAUCCUUGAAAGAGUUUAGUAGAGUGGCUCUCGUUCUCGAGAGAAAGUUACUUGCUUUACCAAUGAUGAACCGAAGUAACAACAAUAGUAGGCGAAUUUACGUCGGAAAUUUACCAUCUAAUGUAGAUGAAAGAGAUCUGGAGGAUAUCUUUUACAAAUACGGCGACAUUUCUGACGUUGACUUAAAGAUCCCUCGAUACGGAACUGGUGGCACGCCGUUUGCCUUUGUCGAAUUUAGUGAUCCAAGAGAUGCAGAAGAUGCAGUAAGAGGGAGAGACGGAUAUGAAGUUGAUGGUCAGAGGAUCCGUGUGGAAUUUCCUCGUGGUGGCCGCGGAGGUCGUUCUGGAGGUGGAGGAUUUGGAGGUGGGGGAGGAGGAGGAGGCUAUGGUGGUGGUGGCGGUGGUGGCGGCGGAGGUGGCCGUGGUCCUCCUCCCCGACGUUCUGAUUACCGUGUCAUGGUUUCUGGUUUGCCUCCUACUGGUAGCUGGCAAGAUCUCAAGGAUCAUAUGCGUGAUGCUGGUGAUGUUCAGUUCACAGAUGUUUUUAAAGAUGGAACUGGCAUUGUGGAGUUUUCCCGCUAUGAUGACAUGAAAUAUGCCUUGAAACAUCUGGAUGAUUCUAAGUUCCGCUCCCAUGAGGGUGAAGUUGCAUUCAUUAGAGUCAAACCUGACAAUCCAGGACGUGGUUCACGAAGUCGUAGCAGAUCCCAUUCAAGGAGUCGAUCCCCAAGAAAAAGAUCCCAUUCUCGAUCUCGUAGUCCACGUCGGUCUCCAAGGAAAUCAAAGUCUCCCUCUAGAUCACCAAAGAAGAGAAAAUCAGUCUCUCCAAGGCGUUCCAGAUCCCGUUCUCGUUCCCGUUCAUAGACAUAAACUGUUUGCUGUGGCUGUGAUGUAUUAUUUGUGUUGUGUUGUCACCAAGAAAAUACAGUCACUUUAAACCGUUAGUUGUAGACUCUUAAUAAUUCUUUAAUGUGUGUUUGACUAGUUAGAUCUUUUACUUUUUCAUGGUAUUAUUUUCAGGACAGCACAAGCACUUUCUGAUAUUGGAAAGGCAAGCUAGGAAUGAAACUUGUUUCAACAGUAAUGUUGCUAAAGAAAUCAAACUGGAUAAGGAAACAAUGGAAAUAAAAUGACCCUUGGAACAUUAGGACAUGUUCUUUGGACAUGGUAUGCAUGGUUUUCAGCUACAGUGAUAUUUCUACAAGCCUAAAUGACCCCUUUUUAAAAUGUUUUGCACAUAAGUUAGUUUUAAGCAACACCACAAAUUUGUUUUCAUUUUACUUAUAAUUCACUGUGUGCAGAUUAGUUUUUCUUUAUGGCUACUUAUGAUUAAAGGAUAAAUAAGUUCAUAGAUUUGUUCAAUUUCCUAAAAUUUUAAUUGAUCAAUUACAAGCAUUUCUAAUUUUUUGUCCAUCCUACAGUGAAAUGUUUGGGAAAUUGAAGGGAAAGAAACUAUUUUGCAAUCGAUUUUCAUUGACAAGAUGACUUCUUUACAAUCUUAUGACAGAUAAAAAGCUGUCGUACAGAGGAGUCCGGAACCUCUCGUGUCAGUCAGUGAUCACGGAUCAUUAGGAUAGGAACUGGAGGUCAGCUCCAGUACAGUUUUGGGACAGAACACCGGAAACAAUCAGGAAAUCAAACAAACAGGAGUCAGUUUUUUGGAACUCUUUCAAUCAUCUGGCUAAGGAUUUGGAUGUUAACUCGUUUGGUAGUUCCAACAAUUUUGGAGGAAAAUCACAGUUUGGGAUGGAGGAAUAGCAAUCACAAUCUUUCAUACAAAAUGGUCUUGUACAGUAUUCUUCUUUGGAGGGUAUCCUAAAUCUGGUAUGAAUUUUAAACAGUCAGUUUUUUUGGAAGACCUCAAAUUUAGCAGAGUGAAAGUUGAUCCCCAAAUUUCCUGAUUCAAAUUUUGAUAAAAUCACAUGUUCAAAAUAUUUUGCACAUAAGGGUGAAGUUUUUCAAUUAGGUUUUUCUCUUUCUCCUCAACCUUUCUUUCCUAGUCAUCCUGCUUGUUUGAUUUUUUACUACUAACUUUUGUGCUUCAGUUGCUGGGUAUGCCAUGCAUAUGUCUCUAUCGUAGGAAUACAAGGGAUUUUAGCUGACACAACAAAAGUGCUUUUGCAUGUAUCAUUUAGUUAUCCAUGCAUAGUGACAACACACUUUGCUCUUCACUUAAAUAAAGUUCUUUUAGUCCAAGAAA